AUGCCAGAGACAAUGAAUGACGAUGGAACUGAAGAGCGACUGAUCAGUGAAGAAUACAAGGUCUGGAAGAAAAAUACGCCUUUUCUCUACGACCUGGUUGUUACACAUGCUCUUGAAUGGCCCUCGCUAACUGCCCAGUGGCUUCCAGAUGUAACCGAGUCCGGCGAUUACCAAACACAUCGUCUUAUUCUCGGAACACACACCUCCGACGAACAGAACCACCUUCUUAUUGCCUCAGUUCAACUCCCAGCUGAAGACACCGCAGUGGACACAUCGAACUAUGAUUCGGAAAAAGGCGAGUUCGGCGGCUUCGGUUCCGUUUCCGGAAAAGUCGAAGUCCAGAUUCGAAUCAAUCACGAGGGAGAAGUGAACAGAGCACGCUACAUGCCCCAGAAUCCGCAUAUUAUCGCGACAAAGACGCCUUCCAGUGACGUUCUUGUAUUUGACUACACAAAGCAUCCUUCUAUUCCUGACAAUCAACGGGGAUGCAAUCCAGAGCUCCGGCUGAAGGGACACUCGAAGGAGGGAUACGGCCUUUCUUGGAACGUCAAUAAGGAAGGGUACAUUCUUUCCGCAUCAGAUGACCAUACAAUUUGCCUCUGGGACAUUCAAGGCGCAGCUAAAGAGGCCAAAUCACUCAACGCUAUGGGAAUCUACAGUGGACACACCGGUGUUGUGGAGGAUGUAGCCUGGCAUCUUCAUCAUGAGAAUAUCUUCGGCUCUGUAGCUGAUGACAAAAAAUUGAUGAUCUGGGACACUCGUGAAAAGAACUACGUCAAGCCUACACACAAGAUUGAAGCGCACGUUCAAGAAGUCAACUGCCUCUCGUUCAACCCAUAUUCAGAAUACAUCCUCGCCACGGGCAGCGCGGACAAAACUGUUGCUCUUUGGGACAUGCGUAAUCUACGACUGAAGCUCCACGCAUUUGAGUCGCACAAGGAUGAAAUUUUCCAGGUGCAAUGGUCUCCUCAUAACGAAACAAUCCUGGCUUCAAGUGGCACCGACCGACGAGUUCAUGUUUGGGAUCUUUCGAAAAUCGGUGAUGAACAAACUCCCGAAGACGCUGACGAUGGACCACCUGAGCUUCUCUUCAUUCAUGGCGGCCACACAGCGAAGAUUUCCGACUUUACUUGGAAUCCCAACGAGCCUUGGAUUGUCUGCUCUGUAUCCGAAGAUAACAUUCUCCAGUGCUGGCAAAUGGCGGAGAACAUCUACAACGACGCAGACGAAGAGCCAUCUGCUCCACACGAGCUGGAAUAG